UCAACAUUCCAAGAUGGCAGCGCGCUGUGUGCUUGGGUACAUAUGGACCUCUCUUUCUGGGUUUAAAUGUGUGGCCAGCAGCAGCAAUAUGAGUGCCUUUCAGAGGAAAACAAGAUGCCCUCAGCUCUCGGUUUUUGGAAAUAUUCAAAGCAGAGGAAUUCGACACAUCGUGGAAAAGAAAGAAGGCAAAACAACAAUAAUUGAGGGAACAACUGAGGAUACCCCAAGCAGACCACAGCCACCCAACGCCACAGCCCAGUGCCCCAUCUAUCGAUGGAACCUGCAGAACAAAUACAACUAUACAGAUGUCCUGUUGCUGAGUCAGUUCAUCAGGUCUGAUGGAGGAAUGCUGCCUCGUAGAGUCACUGGUCUCUGUGCCCAGGAGCACCGCAAGAUCGCCAUCUGUGUGCAGAUGGCUCACAGAGCAGGUCUGCUCCCAGAUCACAAACCAACACUACCAGAGGGUCACAUCCCAAAGAAGCCCAAGCCACAGCUCAACAGAUAUCUGACUCGCUGGUCCAUUGAUUCAGUGAAGCCCAUCUAUAGGACGGGGCUGAAGUGGUGUAAAAACCGCAUCUCAGUCGGCCACCCAGCUCUCAGAAACAACGUACAGUACGGCAAAAAAAUCCUCUACCUGAAACAUUGAUGACCUGGGGGCAUGUCAACUCACAGCAGCAGGAGUCAGUGUGGGCGGGACAGAGAUGGGGGUACAACAGUUCUAUUGGACGUCCUUCCUUGUAGUACUCCUGGCCCAUUUGGAGCUCCAUUGACUUUGAGAACUAGCCAUUGGAAAAGCUGGGGGAGCAUCUGUAUUUGUCCAGCCUAUUUAUCUAUUGGUGGACAUUGCCCAUUGGAAACCCAUUCUGUCAUUUGACCUUUUUGAAGAUGCCCUGAAACAAAACUAUUAAAGUCCACAUUUAGGGGCUCUAUUCAAUCCGCAUCGCGGCAGUUCAGCUCUACAGCGUGAUGACAUUUUAAAGGCAAUGUUCCAGCUUUACCAGAGACUGCAUUCACGGUAACCGCUGCAUAUGUCAGCUCAAUCGGGCAUUACCUUUACAUUUCUAUUGCGGAAUCUGUAACGCUUCAGCAAUACAGAUUGAAUAGAGCCCUUGCUGUAAGAUCAAUUGGGUCAGUAUUGCACUGUUUUGAUGUAGGUGGGAUGUUGUACUUCAAGACAACCCAGAUGUGCAAAUAAAACGGAUCUGCUUUUUCUCCCUCCA